AUGAUCGAUACUCAUAAUGUCAUAGCACAGUGUCAUCCAUCUGAGAUUUUCUCAUUGAAGUUGUAUUCGCAACGGAACGUUGAUCGAAGAAUGUACAGUGCUCCCUCUUGCGAUGAAGUUGCUGCUUUAAUUGUUGGCGAUUUUGAUUCGUCGGACCAUGGUCGUGACAUUAUUGUUCGAUCUACUGCUGGUCGGUUGCAACGUAUAUAUGAAACUCAUGCUCUAUAUUGGCCCUUACAGUAUCCUCUGUUGUUUCCAUAUGGUGAGGAUGGUUAUCAGUUGAACAUUGGUUAUCGAGGUCAACAGUCUGGAUAUGUUCCUGGAAGGAGAACAAGAGUUUCUCUCAGGGAAUUCAUAUGUUUUCGUCUGCAGAUUAGGGAGCACGAAGAUGGAAUUAUUCACAAGUGUAGGCGGUUGUUUCAACAAUUUGUUGUUGAUUGUUUCACGAUGAUUGAGUCCCAGAGGUUGUAUGACAUUAGAAUGAAGCAAAGUACAAUUAGAGGAGAAGUUCUUCAAGGAAUAGAGGAGGCUAUGCGUCGUGGUGAUGAUGAGGCUUCUUCAAUUGGGACACGAAUUAUUUUGCCUUCCUCCUUCACUGGUGGUAGACGUUAUAUGUUUAACCGUUGUCAGGAUGCCAUGGCAAUUUGUAAACAUUUUGGCUAUCCAGAUUUAUUCCUCACUAUUACAUGUAAUCCAAAUUGGCUUGAAUUCCAGCGGUUCACAGAGCGAGAGCGAAUUCCCAUCGCUGAUCGUCUUGAUAUCUCUUGUCGUGUUUUUCAUGCCAAGUUGAAGAGCCUCCUUAGUGAUCUCAAGGAAGGUGUGUUUUUUGGUCCACUUAAUGCAGGUAUGUAUACUAUUGAGUUCCAAAAAAGAGGUCUACCUCAUGCACACAUGUUACUCUGGCUUAAUAGAGAAAGCAACUUACAAAGUGUCGAAAUUGUUGAUGAAUUCAUUUGUGCCGAGCUACCCAAUCCACAGAAAUUUCCAUCUCUUUAUAAUGUCACCAAGUACAUGAUCCAUGGUCCCUGUGGUGCACUUAGACCGAGUUCUCCUUGCAUGAAAGAUGGUAAGUGCUCAAAAUUUUAUCCAAAAAGAUUCGUUGACCAAACGAGUUUUGAUGAAGAUGGGUAUCCAAUAUAUAGACGUCGUAAUAUGGGUGUGACGGUGAAAAUCAACGAUGUCGAUAUUGACAACAGAUUUGUUGUGCCAUAUAAUCCACUGUUGUUAAUGAAAUAUCAAGCUCACAUAAAUCUUGAGUUUUGUAACAAGUCAAAUGUCAUUAAGUAUCUUUUUAAGUAUGUUAAUAAGGGUCCGGAUCGGGUGACUGCAACUGUUGGAGAAAGAUAUGAUGUUGGUGAAUCUUCUCAGGUGGUUGAUGAGAUCAAACAGUAUUAUGAUUGUCGUUAUUUGUCACCUUCUGAAUCCAUGUGGAGAAUUUUUGCUUACGAUAUUCAUCAAAGAUGGCCGUCGGUACAGAGGUUGACUUUUCACUUGCCAAACCAGCAACAUGUUGUAUUCGAUGAUGCUGAUAGCACUACUCAUGUUUAUUUGCGCAACAAAGAUUUGCUUACGAUGUUUACGGGUUGGAUGAUGGCCAACAGGCGGUUCACGGAGGGGUGGUCUCUAACAUAUGUUGAAUAUCCAGGUAAAUUUGUAUACUGUUUGAAGAGCAGGGAGUGGAAACCAAGACAGAGGGGAUUCUCUAUUGGAAGACUGAGUUUCGCUCAUCCCUCAUCCGGUGAACUUUUCUACAUGCGGAUGCUUUUGAAUGUGCAGAGAGGUUGUACCAGUUUUCGAAGUAUAAGAACUGUGAAUGGUGUUACUUAUGAUACAUUUCAAGAGGCAUGUUCUGCCAUGGGUUUCUUGAUAGAUGAUAACGAGUAUGUUUCUGCUAUUAAGGAAGUCGCCGAGUUAGUGUCAGCUGCACAGUUAAGGAGGCUUUUUGUGAUCUUGCUGCUAUCUGGUUCCAUGGGAAGACCUCUAUCAGUUUGGGAGCAAACUUGGGCUUAUUUGUCUGAUGAUAUUCUUUAUCGCAGAAGACAUGAGCUGCAAUACCCUGAUCUAACUAUGAGUCAGGAUGAGUUACAAAUGUUUGGUUUGUUAGAGAUUGAGAAACUAUUGCAGAGUAAUGGAAAAUCAUUGAGAAAUUAUGCUGGUAUGCCGGUUCCUGAUAACUCUUUAGUCUCUCAAUUUAGCAAUUUGAUGCUACUACGUGAGUUACAGUAUGAUACUGUUUCUUUGUCUCGGGAGCAUGAUGCAAAUAUAUUAAAGUUAAAUGAAGAACAGAGGGUGGUCUACGAUAAAGUUAUUGAUUGUGUUUUGAAUAAGAGACAUGGAUUCUUUUUUGUGUAUGGGUUUGGUGGCACUGGAAAAACUUUUUUAUACAGAGUUUUGUCAGCUAGAUUGCGAUCUGAGAAAAAGAUUGUUAUUAAUGUUGCUUCUAGUGGUAUUGCUUCUCUGUUGUUACCGGGUGGUAAGACGGCACAUUCUAUGUUCAAUAUUCCUGUUGAGCUUACUAAAGACACUGUUUUCCGGAUUAAGAAGGAUAGCCCAAAGGCUGAGGUAUUUCGAAUUGCUGAUUUGAUUAUUUGGGAUGAGGCACCCAUGACUAACAAAUUAGCAUUUGAAGAGCUCGAUAGGACGUUGCGUGAUAUGGAGGAUUAG